CCGGCGGCGGCGGGGGGUGGCCAGCGGGGCCGGGAAAGCUCGGAGCUGCCGCUGCCCGCGGGCUGGGAGGAGGCGAGAGACUUCGACGGACGCGUCUUCUACAUCGACCACAACACCCGGCAGACCUCGUGGAUCGACCCCCGGGACAGGAUUACAAAGCCAUUAACGUUUGCUGACUGUGUUGGCGAUGAACUUCCUUUAGGAUGGGAAACUGUUUAUGAUCAACAGAUUGGAAUUUAUUACAUGGACCAUAUAAAUCAGCUCACACAAAUUGAGGACCCAAGAGAGCAGUGGCGAAGAGAGCAGGAACGCAUGCUAAAGGAAUAUUUAAUUGUUGCCCAGGAGGCACUUAAUGCCAAGAAAGAGAUUUACCAAAUUAAACAGCAGCGUUUUGAGCUAGCCCAAGAAGAAUACCAGCAGCUGCACAAAUUGUGUGAGGAUGAUAGCCGCUCCUAUGCUAGUGCAUUCUCUGGAUUUUCAACUAAUACCAAGUAUGACCCAUAUCAGAUUAAAGCAGAAAUAGCAAGCCGUCGUGACAGACUUUCUAGACUAAAACGAGAGUUGGCACAUAUGAAGGAAGAACUGCAGUAUAAAGAAAAAGGAGUGGAAACACUACAAGAGAUUGAUCGUAAGAUGUCAAGCGCUCAUACAAAUUAUAAACUGGAUGAAGCCCAGGCCAUAAUGAAUGAGCUCCGAACCAUAAAAAAGGCUAUUUGUAUGGGUGAGAAAGAAAGGCAGGACCUUAUGCAGAGCCUGGCAAAGCUAACAGAUGGAUUCAGGAAUAGCUGUUGUAUUACAGACUCUCUACAAGGUCUCCAGCACAAUUCUAGUUCACUGAGUGAUUCCUGUUUACCUCAACAACACUGUGAUGCUUGUUCUCAAACUGACAUCACUGGACAGUUUUGCUUUGAUGAUAAAACGAGACUUGUGGACAAAGUAAGACUGAGCUGGCAAUAUGAAGAGGCCAAAAAGAGAGUUUCCAAUAUACAGCAGCAGCUGGCCUUGCUAGAUAAUGAAUCUUGGCCAGGAAUGGCUGAGGCGGACAGGGACCGUCUUCAGCUCAUCAAGGAGAAAGAAGCUCUCCUUCAGGAACUGCAGCUCAUCAGUCAGCAGAGACGAUCCCCAGAAUACAUUGCACGUUUGGAGGAAGAAAAAAGGCGCUUGGAGGAUGAAAUUCAGCAGGCUCGGGCCAGUUCUGCUCAGGGGGCCACUGAAAGGAUACUGUUACAGGAGAAGAGAAAUUGUUUGCUUUUGCAGCUGGAAGAAGCUACUCGUUUAGCUUCCUAUUUACAUUCCCAGUUAAAAAGUUUAUCUGCUAGCACCCUCACAAUGUCUUCUGGCAGCAGUAGGGGAUCACUGGCAUCCAGCCGAGGAUCACUGGCGUCCAGCAGAGGGUCUCUAAGCUCUGUCAGCUUCACGGACAUCUAUGGCCUCCCACAGUAUGACAAAUCAGACAGUGUUACUGACUAUGCACAGCAUCUGCGCUUUGACCUGAUUCCAUUUGAUUCACUCAGUAAAGAUGUGCAGUACUCUGAUUCCACUGGACAUUGUAACUUCAGUAAACAAAGGAGGUCCUUGGAUACUCCUCAAUCCCUGGCAUCCCUGUCAUCACGGUCCUCCUUGUCAUCAUUGUCCCCUCCAAGUUCCCCUCUGGACACCCCCUUCCUUUCUGCUUCUCGGGAUUCUCCACUUGCCCAGAUGUCAGAAGGAUUUGAGGAGAUAGCGGGUGUAGGAGCCCUAGAAAUGCGCAGAGCUCAGGCCUCGGUUUUGGGUGAUGAUGCCCAAGGAACAACUUCAUCACAGGUGUCUGCUUACCCCGUGGAUGAUGAAGGACUGCAAGAAAUGGGACCACAGCUGGCAAACAUCCAAACUGGUGGAGCCGUAACUCUACGCGAAGACAGUGCAAGAAGGUCGGCCAGGCGAGCCAGGCGAGUCUCAGCAUGUCUAUCCGAUUAUUCACUGGCUAGUGACAGUGGCGUGUUUGAAGCUUUAAGCAAAAGGAAUGAGGAUGUCGAAGACCCUGUUUACAGUGAGGUUGUUGCUAAUGAAGAACCACAAAUACAUGUUGGAUUCCUGCAUGAUGGUGAAAGCGAAUGUCUCCUAGUCCAUGUGUUAGAGUUGAAGAACUUUACUGGUCCUGUUGUGAAAGAAGGCUGCAAAAUACAUGUUCGAGUUUACUUACCUCCAUUGGAGUCAGGCACACCAACCACUUACUGCUCCAGAGCUUUGGAAUUCCAAACGCCGUUAAUAUUUAAUGAAGUUUUCCGAAUCCCUGUGCAUUCAAGUGCAUUGAAAUUAAAAUCACUGCAGCUGUAUAUUUGUUCAAUUGACCACCAGCAGCAAGAAGAACUCUUGGGUAUUGCUCAGAUUAGCCUGGCUGAUCAUGAGAGUUCCACUGAGAUGCAGCUUCACUGGUAUCCUCUCCAGAUAUUCACUGGUUCAGACCCACAAAGGGUGAAGGACAAAAACCAGUGUGAAGAAAGCACUCCACAGAGUUCUGGAAAUACAGCUACAGUGAAAUCGGAUGCAGUGACAGCCCUAUUAGCUAGGACCACAGCUCAGCUGGAAGCAGUGGAGAGAGAGCUGGCGGAAGAGAGAGUGAAAUUGGAGUACACAGAGGAAGAAAUCCUAGAGAUUGAAAGAAAGGAAGAUCAGGCAGAAGCUGUAUCAGAGAGGAGUUGGCAAGCAGAAUCUGUUGACAGUGGAUGUAGUAAUUGCACUCAGACCAGCCCACCUUAUCCAGAGGCAUAUUGUGGAGAUUCGUUACGUGGACAUACGUUUGCAGUUCAGGCAGAUCAAUACAGUUCUGGGAAAGUGCAGCCUCCGCCCCUAAAGGUGGAUAAAGAGACUAACACAGAAGAUCUCUUUCCAGAAGAAGUUACUGUUCUUCCAAAAGAGAGAACCUGCCGCAGGCCCCGUGGUUCUGCUUUUGUUCGUAGUAGCACUAUUGUUCGAUCACAAACCUUCUCACCUGGAGCACGAAGUCAGUAUGUUUGCAGACUGUAUCGUAGUGACAGUGACAGUUCAACCCUUCCAAGGAAGUCACCCUUCAUCCGCAAUACAUUGGAAAGGCGUACUUUGCGCUAUAAGCAGCAGUCCUGUAGAUCUUCUUUGGCUGAGCUUAUGGCAAGGACGUCCCUAGACCUGGAGCUGGAUCUCCAGGCAUCCAGAACUAGACAAAGGCAACUGAAUGAGGAGAUAUGUGCUUUGAGAGAGUUGAAGCAACGUCUAGAAGAUGCCCAACUCAGAGGGCAAACUGAUCUUCCCCACUGGGUCCUUCGGGAUGAACGAUUCCGAAAUUUGUUGAAGGAAGCAGAGAAACAGACAAGACAAACCAAAUUUGAACAUCACCAAGAACAAGUAGCUGAAAAAAUGCUAAAGAAAGCAUCCAAAGAAGUAUACCAACUGCGUGGACAGAACCAGAAAGAGCCUAUUCAGGUGCAGACAUUUCGAGAGAAGAUAGCAUUUUUUACAAGGCCAAGGAUUAACAUACCUCCUCUGCCAGCCGAUGACGUGUAACAUGUUGCAUUGUAAACAUGAAGUAUUUAUCUAUCUGUUUUAUUUUAAUGGAAUUAUUAGACUAGCUAAAUUUCUUUUUAAAAGUUUGUGCAAAACCUAUUAAUAUACACCUUUUGUAAAAAAUAAAAACAUAAAAAAAGUAAAAGUAAAAAGAAAUAUAAAUAAAUAUAUAUAUAUAUACACACACACACACACACACACACACACACAUACACAUAUAUAUAUUUUAUAAUAGUGACUACAACAAGGCUUGGUUUUUCCUUGUUGUGAAAUUGACAUCUCUGAAGACAACUUAUUUUAUAAAAGAUCAGUUAUCCUGUUAAGAGUGUGUACAGUUUUUAUGCUGUUUUAUUUGAUUUAAAGGCUGGAAGACAGAAACAAAGUGAGUUCAGGCAAAUUCACUGUAUUGUAAUUUAUUUAUAGCAUAUUUUUCCUUGAAGGAAAAUACCUACUUUAAGAUGUAUUUUAAGACUGAAAUUUUGUUCUUCAGUAUUUGUCAUGCAGUAGAAUGGAACCAUUGAGCUGGUUUUGUUUCUGAUACCUGAAAUGAAAAUACUAUGUUCUAAAUUUGUCACUUUUAUCAGCUUUACUAUCUGUAUCGUAUAAUGUAAAUUGUAUUCUUCAGCACUGUCUGUGUUAUAGCAAAAUAUUAUCGCCUGCAGUGUUUUUAAUACUAAUUAAAAAUGCUAUUCAACAUUGCAGAACUCAUUUGCAUGUUCUUACUGUGCACUAAUAGAUUGUUCUCAUUUCAGUUGUGUUUAAUAUAUCUUUAUAUUUUUAACUAGAUUCUCAGUUUAAACGGAGGGAAGGAAAAGGGUAGCAGGUCUUUGUUUUGCUAUGAUUUAAUAAAGAUGGAAAUGGGGCAGGGGCGAACUUGCCAUAUUAAUAAAACCAGUAAAAGAAUAUAUCAUCUGAGUAGUUUUAAAGGUUGUGGCCCCAUUCAGGAAAGUACUUAAGUCCUAUUUUCUGGAAAGCAUCCCUAUUCAGAAGGGGGGUUAAACACAUGCAUAUCUUUUUAAGCAUGUGCUUUGAGUUAGGCACUUGUGUAAAUGCUUUCCUGAAUAGAGAUGAUUUUCAGAAACAGGACUUAUACCUCUGCAAGAAAUAGCUCACUUGGUUGGCAGCUGGGCCAACGGAGUGAUUUUAUUUGUUACCAUUUGCUUUAACAUAGGUCUGUCACCCUAAAUUCCCGAUAAUGCCAGUUUUGUGUCCUUGCAUCAUGUAAGUAUGUAAAAAUGCUUCUUACUAAACUACUAUAGACAGUUUUUCUAAUAUUUUUGAAUGUGCAUUACCUAAAGAGAAGGGCACCCCACGCAAGACUUAUUUAAUCUAACUGUUGGAACAUCCAGUGUGAAAAUCAAGGACUCUUUUUUGGUUAAAGGGACAUCGUCAGGACAGAUUUGGCCCCAAAUUUAGGUUUUGUAAAAAGCCAAUAAAAUUGCAAAAUCUCUGACAAGUAGAUU